AUGGCCGAUUUCAACGAGCUGCCGCGUGGCCCAGAGGGUACCAUUUACGCAAAGGAGAAUGGAUUCGACCCUGGCUUCAAGAUCGAGAUCGACCCCACAAAGAUUGAGUUUAUCAACAAGCUGAAAACAUCAAAGGCGUCAUCGAUAUUCCAUGUAAACUAUCAUGGCAAGCCUCGCGUCCUGAAAGUUUUUCACAAUAACGAAGACCGUGGGUAUGCUGAUGACGGGAUUCGUGACUUGGACCGCGCUCGCUGUGAAAUCCGGGCUUACUGCCGCCUCAAGCGGUCUGGUGUUUGCGAUGGAGGCUACGUGCCACAGUUUUAUGGGUAUACAUUAUCCUUAAAUCCUAACAGUUUCGCUCCUCAUCUAGACGGUUUUAGGCGUGACACUGGUCUUCCAAGCGCAGUUCUGAUGGAAUACCUGCCAAACCCUUUGUUAAUGAACAGUGUCACUUACAGUAAAGAGCGAAUGGCCGCGGCAGUUAAGGGCAUCCAACAGAUCCAUUCGGCUUUGGUUGAUCAUAACGACUCGUAUCCCAAGAAUAUUAUGAUUGUCCCCGGUAGCCCAGAAAGGGUCAUAUGGAUAGAUUUUGAUAUUGCUAUCACAUAUCCUGACGAGUCUUAUCUUACAGACUGGGGUCGUCACAGGAUUGAAUUUGAAACUGCGUGCGUCGAGAGCUACGGAGUGGCACUAGCUGAGGAUCAAAAACAAGGCCUCCCACCAAACACAAAGUUUUACUAG